UCGGGGUUAGUCCGUAACGGGCCAGGUAACGCUCGGUGUAAUGUGUAAUAAGCCGAACGGGGUCGAUUUACUUCGGUACUUUUCAACGCUGUGAAUUAGAGGCUGCUCAGCCGAAACGUCGUCGUUUUGUGUUUUUCCGUGUCGGGGACGAUUUUGUACGGAAGCCACUCGACUAUCGGGGCCUCGCUGCAGUCGCGGCCCCGAGACUCAAGUGAAGUUCGAGCCGGACUACAAACUUAUCUCCGCGGUGCCCGGGGCUCCUGUCACCGCCCCUGCGGAUGAGGAAGUGAAGAAAAACCUAGCCAACCCAGGAGAAAGGAAUCCCUUUGAUGGGAGAAUCCUCUUUCCUGGACUCCUGGGUCAAUCAACGUGCCAAGAUGAUGGAUGAGCAGGAGGCACUGAAUUCAAUCAUGCAGGACCUGGCCGAACUGCACCGCUCCAGCCGUCCUGCCAUGUGCCUGGCAGAUCUCAGCAAACCCAAAGCCUCCUCGCCUAAGAACCAGAAUGACGUACGAGUGAAGUUUGAGUUCAAAGGGGAGAAGCGGAUCUUGCAGUUCCCACGUCCUGUUAAGCUGGAUGACCUGAAGGCCAAGGCCAAAGUGGCUUUUGGUCAGGCGAUGGACCUUCAUUACACCAACAAUGAGUUGGUGAUCCCGCUGACUACUCAAGAUGAUCUGGACAAGGCAGUGGAGCUCCUGGACCGGAGCAUCCACAUGAAGAGCCUGAAGAUCCUGCUUGUGCUCCAGAUCUCCUCCCAGACCUCUUCCUCUAACAUGGACCUGUUGCCAUCCCAUGAAGAGCUGGACAACACAGGGUUCAGGGUCACUGACAAGAAGAGUAUGCUGGCCUUGAUAGGUUCCCAUUCCACGGACCGUAGCUCCCCUCCCCCCGGUUACAUUCCUGAUGCCCUCCAGCAGGUGGCGAGGAACGGCUCCUUCACCAGCAUCAACAGCGAGGGAGAAUUCAUUCCUGAGAGCAUGGACCAGAUGCUGGACCCACUGUCAAUGAGCAGUCCUGAGAACUCUGCAUCUGGAAGCUGUCCCUCUUUAGACAGCCCACUGGACAGUGACUACCCCAAGUCCAGAAUGCCAAGGGCACAGAGCUACCCAGACAACCACCAAGACUUUCCAGAGUACGACAUCCCAGUGUUUGAGAAGUCAGGGAAGGGCGGGACUUAUCCUCGGCGAUAUGGCAUCCCGUUUGGCCUACAGGACUACAGUGACGGGAGGAAGACCUUCCCCCGGGCCCGGCGGACCCAGGUCCACGGCUUCCGGUCCCCAGUCAACUUCAGCCCCACAGAGCAGUCUCCCAGCACCAGCAGUGGCAGCAGUGUCUUCACCCCCGACCUGGAAGAGGCUCCGGGGCCCGCUAGGCGACCGAGGCGGGGCAGCGACAUCGAGCCCAAUCCAGCCCCAACGCCCACCCUCUCCGUCAUGGAUAUUAGUCCCCCCAGCCGCUCCCCACGUGCCCCCACCAACUGGCGACUGGGUAAGCUUUUGGGCCAGGGGGCAUUUGGACGAGUUUUCCUCUGCUAUGAUGCAGACACAGGGAGGGAGCUGGCUGUUAAACAGGUUCAGUUUGACCCCGAGAGCCCUGAGACCAGCAAGGAGGUGAGCGCCCUGGAGUGUGAGAUCCAGCUGCUGAAGAACCUGUGCCAUGAGCGUAUCGUCCAGUACUACGGCUGUCUGAGGGACUCCAUGGAGCGGACACUCUCCAUCUUCAUGGAGUAUAUGCCUGGCGGCUCAAUCAAGGACCAGCUGAAAUCGUACGGGGCACUGACGGAAAAUGUGACGCGCCGCUACACCCGUCAGAUCCUGGAGGGUGUGUCCUACCUGCACAGUAACAUGAUUGUCCACAGAGACAUCAAAGGAGCCAACAUAUUACGGGACUCUGUGGGCAACGUGAAACUGGGGGACUUUGGGGCCAGCCGACGACUGCAGACCAUCUGCCUUUCAGGAACGGGCAUCAAGUCUGUGACCGGCACCCCCUACUGGAUGAGUCCGGAAGUGAUCAGUGGAGAGGGUUACGGCAGAAAGGCUGACAUCUGGAGCGUAGGCUGCACCGUGGUGGAGAUGCUGACCCAACGCCCCCCCUGGGCAGAGUUUGAGGCCAUGGCAGCCAUCUUUAAGAUUGCUACCCAGCCAACGAACCCAGUGCUGCCCGCUCACGUUUCAGAUCACUGCCGAGAAUUCCUCAAGCGAAUCUUUGUGGAGACCAAACAGCGGCCGUCCGCCGAUGAGCUACUGAGGCACAUAUUUGUACAUUAGCCUGAUCCCCCUGACUCUUGACCCCGCCUCCUGCUGAACUGCCAGACAUGGCCUUACCUGAUAGGGUUUCCCCGCCUCUGACCUCACACCCUUCAGUUAAAUGCAGGAACCCCGUUGGACCAGAGAGGACUAGAUGGGAAGAUUUAGCGUUCUAAAGAAGGGAUGUGCAUAUGAGGGGGAAGGGGCGGGUACCUGCUCCUCAGUCUCUGUUUUUAGGAGACUGCUAUAGGGGCCGUAAAUAGUUUUUAUUUUCCGCAAAGCUGCACCUUAAUUUCACAGAUAUAAGGGGGUAUGCACUUCCCUCUUAAACGAUGAAAUUUUUUUAAAUAUGUCUCCUUUUUUUACGUUUGUACAUCUUCUCUCCUGUGUUUUGUUUGUUUUGGAGUGGGAUGAUGUUGGUGUUGUGGACCUUAAUGGUGAAUGGCUCUGGAGUGGCUCCUCCCACCCCUCCUCUCCCCAUUGACCCGACCCCAGAAUGUACUCUGCUGCCAAAACCCAGAGCGCUAGGUUUAUCCUGGACCCGCUGCUAUAGAACCGAACCCUAUCAGAAUACGCCAUACACAACCCCCCCACUCCUAAACACAGUCACGAUUCUGCCCUUAACCAGGGUCCCUCUGUGUCACAGCUUCCUGUGCAGUAGGCAUUUGAUCUGGCUAACUGUGACUGUUAGGUCCUCACCUGUUGAUCCACUCUAGCAGUGGAUCCCAUUUUCUCUGGCUUGUCCUGUCUGUUUACUAAAGUGUCUGUCAGGUUGUCUGUCCUCACUCUGUUUGACUCCUUCACUCUUCAUUCUUUGACACGUGCCUUUUGUUUAGUUCUUUUUUCUAUUUGGGUUUACGGAACAGAAUUUUUGUAAAUUUUUCUGAAUGGCACAGAACAAGAUGGGUGGAGUGGGAUCUUUCAGUGUUUGUGCUGCUCCAAUUUACUGUACUGCCUUCGCACCGUUUUUGCUCAAUUCUAGCUGAUCUCAGCUCAGCCCUAAGGUGCAUCUCUACCUUCUCUGUAACAGGGAUUUAUGAUCUCUGCCUGGUCCUGAAUCAGCUCAGGCAUCUUGAUACCAGGGCAGAACCUAACACCACCCACCAGCCAAAUACUGCACAGUGUUUUGGUUGGUCUGUCUUGACCAGUCACAUUAGCAGGUAAUCGCCGUCAUUAAGAUUUGUAUUCUAUAUUAGAAAUUCAAUUGGCUUUUAGAGUUUUGAAUGUCGCUGAUGAAUUCUGGAAGGCACCUGCCAUUGUGGCUGGUCAAUGGUAAAAGCUAGUUUUCUGCUUUGCAAAAGAGAUUGAAUGCCUGAAUGUCAGUCAGCCAAUUCACCAAAGCAGAACCCCAGGUACUUACACAUAGAUCGGUGCCUCUUCUAAUAGGUGCAUUGUGUAAUAUUUCUUCCUUCCUGAAAGCUAAUAUGACUUGUAAAUGGCAGCAGGUUGUUAGUGGUAGUGGCUUAUGACCCCCAAUGCCUCUUCAGUUUUCUGGUUUCCACAGAAGCCGGGCAGGUGGAGCGGUUUUGUUGUUUCACAGGCCUCUUGAGGAUGCGCAUAGCUUUGAGUCUAUUUAAAAAAACAUUUUUUUAUUGUUAUUCACAUGACUUAACAAUAGAGGUCAGCGCUUAGGUAGACAGUAGACAUUACACAGUGCACCUUUAACCUCUUGCUCGCGGGACAUUCUUUAGCUGAGGAUCUACUUUUCAAGUGAACCUCUCCCCUCUAUGCUCCUUUAAGUGUUCAUUGACUGGAUUGGUCAAAGCAGGCGUACACCUGGUGACAUCACCAGCUCUGACAUGGCAGAUCGCCUGUCAAUUUGGUGUACAGAAUCAGGAGAGGUGCGUUGUGGGUGGAAAUUUACCUUUAGUCAGUGGCCGAUAAAUAUUGUCUGUUUCUGGUGUAGUUUUUCCACUCUCAUAGGUAAAGGUGAAUUGAAUUGACGACUGACUUAAAUUCUUUUAGUUACAUUUUAAAUUUACCCACCCACUGUGGAAGUGGUUAGCCAUUAAAUCAGAUCAAGAAGUUCAGGUAUAGAAAAAAUAAAUGUCUGAAGCAAAAACCAGUUCAAACCCUGAUCUUUAGUUGUUUUGUUGUCACGUGACCAGACAGUUUUCAACAGGUCUCAGAGUUGUCUCAGCAGGAGUGUUGGUACUGGUCCUUUAGUCUGUCUAUUGGAGCCAUAUGACUGCCCCAGGAAGAGGAGCACACAGCUGAUUGGCCACUGGUCUGGCUGUAUGAUGCUGUUGUCACCGGCGUUUCAUGCUGAGUGGAUCUCCUUUGCUUGUUAAGCCUGAAAAUAAUUUCUUACUUUGUCUAAAGGCUUGUAGAGCUGUUCGCCUGUGAAAGGACAACUCUCAUGGGUGAGAUCAUAUGCUGUUCCCAUGCAGAUCUGGAAAAAUACGGAGAAAAUAAUUUCAGAAUACUUUAUUCAUCCCUGAGGGGAAAUGGGAAUUUGGUAAUGAUUUUACAGGUUUUUGGAAGAUGUGGGAAAUUAGCACAGUCAAGGUUGUAUAUGUGUGACUUGACGCUUUCUGAGGCUGUUGCGUCAGUUUUAUACACGUUGAAAGGAAAGUUGGGAGCUUGUAGAACCAGAGAUUCUAGAUAACAGUGUCAAACAUGACACACGUGCCAUAUCAGUGUUUUCACCGUCAAACAUCCCUUUUUUCCUUCUUCCGGCUUACACCAUGGUUUGACUGAGUCGGUACGGUAUACAAGCUCACAGCAUCGCUGAGCUUUGUUCCUCCCGUCAGGUACGACGUAGCUUGCCAUACGCCCAAAGGCAGGGUCGGCACAGUGAUGCAGUCACUAUCCAAAAAAAAAAAAAAGUCGGUCAUUUUGUCACAGUUGCCGCACAUACUAUCCAUGUGGCAGGGUCAGAAGCAUUAAGCACUGAAAUGACUUGUUAUGCUUAUGUUUGGUGCAGCAUCAGCAGUAAUGCAGACGUUGUACCAGACCGUUGUGGUGAAGAGGGAGCUGAGCUGGAAGGCAAAGCUCUCAAUUUACCAGCCAAUUUUCAUUCCAAACCCUCACCUAUGGUCAUGAACUUUGGGUAGUGACCGAAAGGGUGAGAUCGCGGAUGCAAGCAGCUGAAAUGAGUUCCCUCCAUAGGGUGUCUGGGUUCAGCCUUAGAGAUAGGGUGAGGAGGUCGUACAUCCGGUGGGAGGUCGGAGUAGAGCUUCUGCUCCUUCGCAUCAAAAGGAGCCAGUUGAAGUGGUUCAGGCAUCUCCUUUGGAGAUUUUCUGGGCACGUCCAACUGGGAGGAGACCUUGGGGUAGACCCAGAACUUGCUGGAGGGACUACAUGUCCAAUCUGGCCUGGGAAUGCCUUGGGAUCCCCCAGGAUGAGCUGGAGGGCGAGGGAGAGGGACAUCUGAAGUGCCCCACUUAGCUUGCUGCCACUGCAACCCGACCCUGGAGAAGCAGCCAAUGAUGAGAUGAGAUGAUUUGUUAUGAUAUCUGCACACAGAUGAGACCUUAUACCAAAAGACCUCCUACAGCUAGCCCAGUGCUUUACUAUGAACAUCACCUUGCUAUGCAGGCAUGUAUGCUUGCUUCUGCCCUCGUCACAAGAAGAGAUGAGGUUUUAGCUCCAGUGUUCAGUAUAUCUCAAUUCAAAUUACAAUAGAUACUAAAAUAUUCUGAAUUUGUUUUUUGUUUUUUUUGGUCUUUUUUGUCCUUAUGGUGCAGCCCUAGGCUGAAUGCUGGUGAACUCGUAAGGUAACAGAUUUUCUCUAUCUCUGAAGUGCGAGAGAGAUUCGUUUGGUUGUCUGAUAAGGAUACCAGCGGGGCCAAGAGUGAGCCAAGUUUAUAGCACUUUUGGGAAGAAGUUUGAGAGAACACGCUGUCAUUUAGGAGUUUAAACGAGUUUGAACCACCAACCACUUUUGUCAAGUAACGACCCGUUAUACUUUGCUGCUCUGAAAAUUAACUUUCCUGGUACAUGUUAGAGUAGUACGUAAUUUUGUAGGUACUGAAAGCAAGCAUGUCUCAUUGGUACGUUAGUUAGUUUCUCACCCUUACUUCAGCGGACACGCGCCAGACUGAUAGAUGAUAGUUGUUCAUGUCUUCACCCUGUAUUCCAGGCUGUAUAUCUGCAAAUCUGCUUCAGUAGUUUUUUCGUGAAGGGUCCUUCGGGUUAAUCCAGGAUGGAGGAUUAACUCCAGCCGUUGGUCAAGUGCAGGCAGACUCUGCUUGUGAAUUGUGUAUUAUGGUCUGCCACCAGAGAGAUGAUAAAAUCUGUUUGAGGAACUGUCUCGAGACAAAAACGAUUCUUGAAUACAGUCAAACUUUUAUUGCAAUUCAUCUCAACCCGUUUGCAGUUUUUGCUGCCACUUGCGUUGAAGAAAAUUGUAAGAUUCAACCACGGAAACAAUCAUGAUGUCCUGCAGAGGAGGGCGUUUCUGUCGGUGUACAGAACUCCCGUAAAAAUCUCUUGUGGACGAGUUAAACUUCCACACAGGCCAGCCAGUCCUGGUUUCCUGAAAAGAAACUUGUUGAGCUCAUACAACAUGCAGACCGUCACCGUUGUUGUGAAUGGCCGUGUUGUCCUGGUCUGCAGCCCUCCCUGUCACACGCCGUCAUGAUUUUAGCUCGUACGGAGAGAUGGGAAUCGUUGAUAGCACCGUCACACGGAUAGUAGGGGUUUGCAUUUCGCGGGUAUAAUCAGGGCCCUGUUUGAAACAAAUAUCUCCCUCAGUGGCAUCGCAGUCAUGGCCUCCACCAAUUCACGUCAAAAUAAAAAGCUCCUGUUGCCUCGCAACAACAAAGAAGAAAAGUUCUCAGAGAGGGACGGAAAGUAAACUGGUCAGCGAUUCGGUGUGUGUGGGUGGAGUUGGGAGCGUCAAGUAGUUCCACAUAUAACCAUAAUGCCUGCUCAAUACAGAUGGAUACGCUUAAAAUCAAUGAUACGAUUAACUGUGCCAUGGGCACGGUUUGACCUUAAUACGCACUACCAGUAUGCACUAUUUGAAAGGUACGUUGCUUAGCUUUUUUAUUUUAUUUCUUUUUUUAAUUCACUGAUGCUUCCUCGCGAUUCCUGUCUGGCUGUCUGUCACGCAGCUCGGCUGAGUGUCGACUGUACGUGUCUUCUGUUAGCAAUGAUGACCUUUUUUGCACAUUUAAGACUUCUUAUUUUUACACAGGUUUGUGUGUGUGCGUGCGUGUGUGUCCGUGUUUUGAUUUGUGGUUCAGUUGUGAUGACUCGUAUAUGAAUGUAAUGUUUCAUUUUCACCAUUAGAUGGCCUAAUUCACUGCAGUGGAUUCAAAUCCUUGGUACCUGGAAAUGGGACAGUAUUUGCCAAUAGCAAGCAAGCACCACCUCCCCACCACCCUUUCCUCAGACACACAAUAGUUUUACAAGUUUUUUGUGUCUAUAGCCACUGCUGCCACUCCUUUUUGUGUAUGUGUGUGUGUGAGAGAGAGAUUGUGUGCGUGUGUGUGUGUGUGAGGUGCACAAGUGUACUUGUACACGUGCGUACCUUGCAAAUUGUGCUCAAUGGACUAGGUGCCCAAAAUGCCUUGGGCAUUUUAACUGUAGGGGACAAAAUAAAAACAAAAUUACAAAAAAAAAGGUUCUGUACAAAUGUAUAAAAUGAAAAAGUACCCUUUUUAAAAAGAAAAGUACACUUGUAUCCCACACGUUUGGUCUCUGUAUUGUAAAAGAAGCCAUGUUUAUAAUUCUAAUUGGUUUGUGACCAAUAAGCCUGUUUAUAUCAGAUCUGUAUAUCAGUGGUAUGCAUAAUUUUUUUAAUAUAUUUUUUACUUUCUUUUGUUUCUUUUUUUUAAUGGGAGAUUUUAUGCAUGGUUGCGUCUUGAGAGACACACCGGUGCCGUUGAAAUGGUUGCUGUUUUUGGCAAAACUCUGGAUUAUUGGAACAGCUGGCGCUCUGUGUUCAUAAUUAUGACAACAAUUAUGACUAUGACAAACAAUAAAAUAUUUAUU